ACAGAAGAGGAACGGACAGACAAAAGGUGACAGAAGAUAAUCAUCAUGGCAUCGGCAGGUCUACAGUUCUUUGCUUUUAUUUUAGCUUUGUUGGGUGUUUUCGGCGCCAUCACAGCCACCCUACUGCCUAACUGGAAAGUAAAUGCAGACGUGGGUUCAAAUAUCAUAACAGCUAUAACACAGAUGCAAGGGCUCUGGAUGGACUGCACAUGGUACAGCACCGGGAUGUUUAGCUGCACUCUGAAAUAUUCAGUCCUAUCCCUCCCUGUCUACAUCCAGGCUGCACGGACAACCAUGGUCCUGUCUUGCAUCCUAUCAGCUUUUGGGAUCUGCAUCUCCACAGUAGGAAUGAAGUGCACAAAGUUGGGAGGAGACAGGGACACCAAAAGCUACACUUCUUCUGCUGGAGGGGUCUGCUUCAUCCUUGCAGGAAUCUUUGAGUUGGUACCAACAUCCUGGUACACAAGAGAGAUAAUUUCAAAUUUUAUGGACCCAACAGUCCCAGAGAGCAGUAAAAAUGAACCAGGAGGAGCUGUUUAUAUUGGAUUCAUUUCAGCAGGACUUCUGUUCAUUGCAGGUGUGAUCUUCUGCACAACCUGUUUUAAAAAGCAGCAGGGAGCAUGGAUUUACCCUACUAAGCAACAACAGUGUCCAGCCACACAGCAAGAAAACAAUGCAGGCUACAACCUGAAGGACUAUGUGUAA